GAGUCGUAGGUAUAUAUUUCUCGUAUCCAGAUAUCAUUCGCCAGUCGGCUGUCUGAGACAAAAUUUCAUUUUUCGAAAACAAGCAAAACGAAAUAAACAAAAUACUGCCGAGUUUAUUUUAAGCAGCAAAAUCUUAAAUUUAUAAUUUAAAUUGAAGUACAUACAACAAUAUCGAAGCAGUCGGGCUGCAUUUGCGAAUUGCAAAUGACUUUAAGGGCCAUCGCGCGGCUCCACUGCAGACGAGCACGGUUUGGCCGCAGGUCGCGGCUGCUUACUUCAGGUGCGGUGCCCACCAUGGUCGACACAGAGGAGGCACAGACCGCUGGAGCAACGGGUUCGACUGCACAGGAAGGGGGCCAGAACCAGAGUCAGGACCAGAGCCAAAGCCAGAGCUGUAGGAUCAUUUUUGGUAUCCCGAUGGAUCUACCCUCAUCGCUGCCGAAGGAUGAGGAAAGCCAGCGACGCCAGGAGCGCGAAGAGGAGGAGGAGAAGGCGGAGUUCGAGCGGACCUGGAGGCGAAUGAAGCUGGGAUUGAGUGCCUUCGGCAUGGGCGGCCUGCUGUUCUCGUUUUGGGCCAUAUAUUUCUUCGGCAAGCCACCGCUCGACGAGGAGGGCAACGCGGCCGACGAUGAGUUUAGCAAAUUGCCGGAAAUCCAACAGUAUAUCGGUCGAACCUGGCGGACGGUGAAUAGGUUUACGCAGUUCAUACAAGAGCCUUCGAGUCAGAAGCUACUGCCAGACGAACUGCGGGCGCCCUACGUGCAGCCGCCCUAUACCUUGGUGCUCGAGGUCAAGGAUGUCCUCAUACACCCUGACUGGACAUACAAGACGGGCUGGCGCUUCAAGAAGCGUCCCGGCGUGGACCUGCUCCUCAGCGAGUGUGCCAAGCACUUUGAGAUCGUCAUCUACACGGCGGAGCAGGGAAUUACUGUGUUUCCGCUGCUCGACGCCCUCGAUCCAAACGGCUACAUAAUGUACCGUCUAGUGCGCGACUCUACACACUUUGUGGAUGGCCACCACGUUAAGAACCUGGACAAUCUUAACCGCGAUCUGAAGCGUGUGAUAGUCGUGGACUGGGACAAGAACUCAACGAAGCUGCAUCCGAGGAACACAUUCUCGAUACCCCGAUGGUCCGGCAACGACGACGACACGGCGUUGUUCGAUCUGGUCUCGUUUCUGACUGUUCUCGGCAUCAGUGAGAUCGAGGACGUUCGCGAGGUGCUGCAGUACUACAGCCAGUUCAAGGACCCCGUGGCCAAGUUCCGUGAAAACCAGCAAAGACUCAGCGAGAAAAUAAUGGCCGAAGAGUUGGAAAAGUCCAGCAAGCCGCAGCCGAUGGUCCGAAACUGGACGUCGUUUUUUCAAUAAUUAAAGAUAAUUGGUUUUUAAAUUCCUGUUGCUUUGUUGUUAAUAAUAAUUAAUGAAC